AUGGAGCAACCAAAAUAUUUUUCAAGCUUAUUAGGAUUUCUUUUAAAAAAAGAAUAUGAAAAAGAUCCAGCAUGCGAUUCUAUCGAAACAUUAAAAGAACUUGUAUUUUCAGAACAAGAGGAUGUUACUUUAGAAAUUAUUGAAGCUACAUAUAAUAAAUGCUUUGAUAUAAUACAAAAAGCAGCUUAUUCAGAUAUGCAACUUUCUUCAUUCGAAAAUUUAGUUAAAGAAAGUAAUUUUAGUGAAAUACAAAUCGAAUGUUUAAAUAAAUUUUGGAAAGUAAAUAAAAAGAAAAUUCAUGAAAUUUUAUAUAAAAUUACCAAAUUUAAUAACUCAUUACAAAAAAUGAGUUGGAGAAUCGAUUUAAAAACAAAAUCAAAAGAAAUUAAAGAAAUUAACGAACCUGUAUCAAUUAUAGAAUUAAAACUUAAAAAUAAUAACACCAAUAGCAACACCACCAACGAUGAAAAUAAUAUAAUCAGAUUUGAAAUGGAUAAAAAUCAAUUAGAAGAAACUUUACAACAAAUUAAUAAUAUUCAAAAACAUUUACAAACUAUUUGA